UUAAGUGUACCUUAAAGGAAAGAGGAAGAAUGUGCUUAACAUAGCUGGGAAAAGUAAUUGACAGAUGCGAAAAACAAAUACAGAAACAUGGGAAAAAUAGGUACUGCUGGACAAAUUCAUUGUUCAGUCCCAGAACAAGGAGAGCCUACUUUGAAAAAAUACAGAACUCAGACACCAAAUGAACUAGGGGAAGAGUCUGCAAAUGCAGAUAAGAUGCAGCAGCCACCAAAAGCAAACUCUGCAAGCAUAUCAGACCAUGAAGAUGAUGAUAACGGCACUGCACAGCUUGAAGAAGAUGGUGGGGAUCAGAACAGAGCAGCAGAGGUGCAAGGUGUUGGUACAUGUCUGAAGGUGACCAUCCAGCGUAGCAGUGAGAGUCGAGCCUUCAGCACUUCACCUGAAGAGACGGCAGCAGGGGCAGGCCAUGAGGGCAAACACACAGUUAAAUUCACCUGCUACAUUUGCAAUGUCACCUGUUCUGACCAGCAGGGCUUCCAGGUUCACAUGACAGGUUUAGAUCAUCAGCAGCGUAUGAUGGAAAUCCAGCGUCUGAGCAACACCUGUCUGGCCACACUGUUACCUUCCACCCAGGAGUCCCUGCAGGGUACAAACAGAGAGAGGCGGGCUGGUCAUCAGCGCUGGUGUCCAACCUGCCAGUCUCAUUUUUCUGGUGACCUCAUCGAGCACAGACGAACUAAGAAACACAAGAUGGCAAAAGUAUCCUCGAGACCUUUCUGUACCCUGUGUGAGCGCCACUUUAGGACUCCUCGCAAGUUUGUUGAGCAUAUGAAGUCUCCUGAGCACAAACAGAGGGUUGAGGAGUUAAGAAACGAGGGUGACCCAGAGGUUAUGGAGGAGCUCAUAACGGUGGAUGCUAUUGGCUGCUUUGAAGGGGAAGAUGAUUAUGAGGAGGAUAGAAAUGAAGAAGAGAUUGCAGUGUUUGAGAAGCAUCCUGGUCAUAGGGAUAUGGCUCUGGAAGAGACGACUGAUUAUGAGGCAUAUGAUCCAGACACACAGUAUGGCACUAGUUUUGUGGUCCCUGUCGCUGGUUUCCUCUGUAAGCUGUGUCAUAAAUUCUACCACUUUGAGGCUUCUGCGCGGGAAACUCACUGCAGGUCUCUUAUGCACUUCCAGAACUUACAGAAACACAAUGCUCUGAAAAUGCAGAAGAAGCCACCUCAGGAUGACUGUGAGAGUGAUGCGUCAUGUAGCAGUCUGAUGAGCGACUCUCGGUGCCUGGAGCUCAACAGACCACACAUCAGUUUCUCAAGAGAGCGCUUACACUUGAAGAAACUUAAGCCGUCUAAGAGACCUCACAAAUCCAAGUCUCCACGCUCGAAACUCUCUGGAGCUCCACAGAAGCCCUCCAUGGUCAUGAAGCACUUAAUAUGUACUCCACACUGUGGCUCAGGGUCAAGCCAAGAGUCACACUGCCAAGAACUACAGCAUACAGAAUCUGUGUCCACUGAAAAAGAAAAGGCAUCCUGUGACCCUGUGCAUUAUUCAGAAGAGCAAGAAAAUGUGAGCUCAACAGCCACAAACAGUUGAGGUUAAAAAAAAACUGUUGGGAAAGACCAGACAAAACUUAAUCUAUAUGUUCUUUGGAGUUCAUCAAGUGUUUCUUGGUAAUCUGUGAAGAAAACCUGAGAAAAUAUUGCUACUUUAAAAAAAUAAAGAAAGAAAAUAUAUAUAAAUAAAUAAAUGUUCA